GAUCCUGGCGUACCUUACGCUGGUUUGCUAUAAUUUCCGCGACGCUUCGCUUUCCGAAGCUCCCGUGUUCCAAAAGAGACACAAUAUAGCAACAUAAUUGACAAAGUGCGCAAGAAGGCCGGGAAGGCGUGAGGGAUUAACCAACCCAGGGUUCGACACUUGUCCACGCUGCCUCAACAACCCGGUAUUCCCCGCUGCGGGUGCGAGUUGAAGCUUAGGACUUGGCCAGGACAGAGCCAUGUCCCCGCCAAGUUGGGGGCAGAUGCCCCCUCUUCAGAGCACGAGUAAAUUCUUAAACAUCUUUCAGUACUGUCGCUUCCUCCGCAUCCUCGGCCAUGUCAUGGUGCUGCUGGUGCUGGCCCUGGUGGGCCUGACCUACACGGCGGUGGUGCCCUUCACCUACGGCCCCAAGCUGCUGUCCGGCAACGCGCUGGUGGUGCUGGGCAGCGCGGCCGUCAUACUGCUGUUCAGCGCGGUGUGCGUCAUGUGUGUGUGGUCGUAUCUGGCGGCGGUCACCGCGGACCCGGGCCGCGUGCCGCAGGGCUGGCACCCCUUUGCGGACGAGCAGCAAGCCCGCGCCGAGCUGGAGCGCAUGUCCUACUCCAACUACUACUUUGACCGGCGGGACCCGCGCCGGCCGCGCUUCUGCAAGCGCUGCCAGGCCUGGAAGCCGGAGCGCGCACACCACUGCUCCGUCACGGGGCGCUGCGUGCUCAAGAUGGACCACUGGUGUAUCUGGGUGGUCAACUGCGUGGGGCUCAUGAACUACAAGUUCUUCUUGCUCUUCAUCUUCUACGCGGCCCUGGGCUGCGCGCUGGCUGUGCUGCUGCUGCUGGGCUCCGUCAUCGCCUUCUUCAACAACAAACUCAAGGGGCCCACCGCCCCGCUGGUGUUUGUGGUGUCUCUGACCUCGUUCGCCUUCAGCCUCAGCCUGGCGGGGUUCCUGGCCAUGCACGGGCAGCUGCUGGGCGCCAACUGCACCACCAUCGAGAUGUACGAGAAGGACCGCCUGCACCCCUGGCCCUACAACAAGGGCUUCAGGCGCAACUUCGAGGAGAUAUUCGGGCGCAACAAGUGGCGCUGGCUGCUGCCGUACCACACCAAGGAGGAGAAGCGCCUGCUGCUGGACUCCUGCCUGGGCAAGGCGCUGGGCGGGCCCUCCAUAGGCAUAGGCAUGGGCAUGGGCAUGCCGCCGGGCUCGGGCGGCAGCUCCAUGCACGUCGUGACCCACGUGUCUUCGCACGGGGGCGCCGGGUUAGGCGGCGGCGCCGGGAGCCGCAGCGGCGGCGGGCUGGGCGGUCUAGGGGGCCUGGGCGGGCUGGGGAGCGGCAGUGGUGGCAGCAGCACUGCGCUACUGCCGCUCAUGUCGCACCAGGCGUCCGGGGGGCCGUACCUGUCGUCCUCGUCACAGGUGUAGAUGCAGGUGCAGGUGCAGGUAGGAGUGCAGGCAGGGAGGUUUGGGAGGACGUAUGGUGCACGGCUGGAGGCAUACGUGGUGCAUGUGCUGCUCAGCGUGAGGCACUUGAACUGCACAGAUUUUGUAGAGCACAGAGGCUGACGGGGCAUUGUUGUGCGUGCGUGCACGUGUGUGAAUGCAAACAUGUCUAAUGUCGUGGGAUGUGCUGCAGCACUGCAAGAGGCAGCUUCCCGAGCGUGAUUAGCGCGGGGCAGCGACGGGCAGGGUGGCGGGGUGAAUGUGGGAUCAGCGCAUUGCUUGAGACUAGGACUUGGUUAGGCUGCUGUACAAGUGUACAUAGAGGUGGUGGCGCGCAGUGGUCGGAGCAAGGGCCCGAGGAGGAGCGCAGUCGCAGGUAGGCUGGAUGUGGUGUUGUUUCUGCUGCGUUGCUUUCCGAGGCUAACUUAAUGCCGAGUGUGUCGGGGCUGUCGGAGCAAGUCGGGGGAUGACAUCCAAAAUGUGGGGUGUGUCUCGCUUCUGACCUGUACCGUCAACACCUGUCUUGCGCGCUACACACCGACACAAUGUGGUGUUUGCCAAUACAGCCACACGCGUACUUGAGGUGCUGGUCUGGAGCAUUUGACCCUCAAGAAUCAUCGAGU